AUGGACUCUGACAAAUCUCAACAACAGUUUUCUGAAACUUACUCUGAAGUCACAGUCAGCUCAAGUGCAGAUGUUCAAAAUCACACGAAGAAAGACUCUGGGACAUCUGAGAGUGCCAGGGGUGGCAGAGGACGAGCAAGAGCAUACACUUCUCCAUCUCGCAGGAGACAUCGAACUACCUUCAGCAAUGAACAGCUGGAACAGCUGGAGUUAGCAUUCAGACAGAACCAUUAUCCUGAUAUCUACUACAGAGAGGAGCUGGCCAGAGCCACCAAACUCAACGAGGCUCGUAUACAGGUAUGGUUCCAGAACCGCCGUGCCAAGCAGCGGAAGCAGGAUCGAAUCACCCAGAAAGUGCUGCCAGAGGGCAUGAUGCCAAGGCGUGGGUCUAUCUUUGGCAGCAUGUGUGUGUCUUCCUCUGCCAUGGGGCGGCAGUACCAGUGCCCCCAUACCUUGCCACACAUACCCCGAUUCUCGUCAGUGCUGCCCUCUGGAGGCUAUCCAAUCCAUCCACCCUCCAGCAGUCAUUUCUCUUGUCCCUCAGGCCCUGCUCCAUCACAGGCCACUAGGCAGCCUGAUGACUGGUACAAUCAACUGCGCAACAUCGGCCCGUCCUCCAGUCUACCACCUGCUUCAAUGCUCUCUCUGGCGUCAGUGUCAGCACUAGAAUCUGGUAGUCACUGGAACUAG